CAACGAAAUACUUGUUCGAAAGUACGCCUACCCCUCGCCGUUUUUAAUCAAAAACGCAAAAAGUUUUUAUGAAAAAAAUUUCGAAUAAUUAUAAUCGCGCCCGUAAGUUGUUCAUAAAAAUGUAUCAUUGCCAGUGAAUCUUGUGGUCGAAAGUGUUCAAGAAAAUUCUUCCUUCUCGAGGUAGAAAUUUUCUGCGCUUUAGUUGAGAAACACGCUAGUCUUCCAAAGCGUUGCUCAACGUUGAAUGUGUGAAGAAUAGGAAGACGAAAUAAAAUAAAUUAUUUCUAAUUACGUCAACAAAAAAGUUGAAAUACAAAUACAUAAUUAUGUACAUGUAUAAAUGAAUAUGUAUUUAUAUAUGCAAAAGAAUAUUUUCAAAAAGAAAAACAAAUCAAUUAACGGUGCCAAAAAAACAUAAAACAGUAAAAUAUUUCAGUUAUAAAAGCGUAGCAACUAAUAUUAAAAAAUAUUUUGCAUACCACACAGUACAGUCUGUAUGUCAGUUUGAACCAUUGUGGAAUUGUCUUUGCUCGCAGACGCACUUCAGAUUAGCUAAAUUUUAUUUGUGAUAUUUUAAGUUAGCAUCCAAUUGCUGACAUAUUUUGUGUUAAAAUUUAUAAUUGAGCCUGAUAUAGGAAAAGGCAAAAAAAUAAAAAGAAGAUCAAGUAGUUGUAGAUGCAGCGAAGAAAAAGUGAAGAGUUAACAUGGAAAUCGCUGAAUCGGAUUUGACUGACUUGCUAAAAGUUUUCUCAAAGAAGGCAUUCGAUGCUAGCACGAUGGAGCCUGGAUCAUUAGACGCGGUUACCUUGAACAACUGCGAAUAUCUUAUGAAACUUGAUUACAGUGUUAUUGAUUUAGAUAACACUGGCGGCAUACACAGUACACGCUAUCCCCCACGCAUAUUUAUACCUGAAUACGAACAUGGCCACGACACAUCUGCAGGCAGUAAUUCGAACGUGCUGAAUAGUAAUCUCGAAAAUGGGAAUAGUCCUAAAGGUGACUCGAAAAGCGUCAAGUCUAGCCCAACUAAACGCAAUACAGCUAAAGCCAAUAGUGGCAGUCCGAAUCGUGCUAUGGUAUCACCUCCCCUUGAGCUUCAACAAGCUACAGCUGAUAAUGACAUUCUUAACAUAUCGUUCGGCAGCGAUAGUGACUGUAGUACAACAAGUUCAUUUGUCUCCAUUCCAGCGAAACCUCCACGGCCACAUACUCAAAUGCAGCGCACCAUUUAUGAGGAUUUGUAUGAUGUGAGCAAAAUUCGCGAAUUUAUAACAUAUGCUCGAUAUGCGCGUUGCCGCCAACGUUUCGUGGUGCCAGUCAUCCUUUUUCGUGGCAAAUUAAUUUGUCGCUCGGCCACAAUUUCUGUGCUGCACGAAGCUUAUAGUCGUUACGCUUACGAUCGCAUAACAUCAAGUAGUGGUACCGAUGCACAACAACGUCCUAAUUACGAUGAAAAUUCUGAAGCUUCUGAGGAUUCAUCAUUGACCAUCGAUCCGAAGGUACAGUUUUCCUAUAGCGAAGUAAUCAAAAGUGAUGUUUCGCUGCUAAAUACACUUAACGUCAACACAAUCGCUGAUUUGAUGGUAGAAAAACGGAAGGUCAAAUAUUUUAUGACUGUUUCUUCAUCGGAGAAAGCCGAUCCUGCAAAUCACUACGACAAUUUCAACAUACUGUCCCUGCCAUAUCCCGGUUGUGAAUUCUUCAAAAAGUUCCGCGAUAACAAUUACAUGGCUAAUGAUUUACAAUACAAUUGGGAACUGCCAUUUAAUGAUGCCAACAUCAGUAUACCAAAAAUUGGACCCGCAAUGGAUCUCGAUAUUAACUGGGAAGACUACCAGAAAUGGGAUUUGGUGGAGAUCACACAAAAUUACCUGAAAGCAAUGCUUAAGUAUUUGCAAGAAGAGAAUAGUGGUCUUUUGGUGCAUUGCAUCAGCGGCUGGGAUCGGACCCCGCUAUUCAUUUCUUUAAUACGUAUUUCGCUUUGGGCGGAUGGUCUCAUUCAUCAAUCACUAGAUCAUAUGCAGAUCACAUACUUUACAUUAGCCUACGAUUGGUAUUUGUUUGGUCAUCAGCUUCCUGAUCGAGAGAAACGUGGCGAAGAUAUAAUGCUUUUCUGCUUCCACAUGCUAAAAUUUAUAUCUAGCGAAGAAUAUAGUUUAGUGGAGCAUAGGAAACGAACAAAAACAACUAGCAGUAGCGGCAGUGUCAACCCAGUUUUAGUGAAGCCGGACGAUGAUGCAGCUCUGCGAGAAGAUUUGCUUGCGGCCGCCGCCGAUCAUGACAGUAACGAUAGCUAUUCAAAUCCUUCCAACUGUGAUAUGGCAGUAACUGAAAACUCGCCUUAUUCUUCUCCAACACAAACAACAACAAACAAUACUGCACUCACUAGUCGUUCGCCAAAUCCUAAACGCUUACGGACUAGUCCUAUAUCGGUGCCAGGCGGACGUCAACGUAAAGAAUCAUCAUCAUCGAAUGGCAGUUGGAACAUGGUUACAGACACUGGCUCCAUAGAUUCAAUUGUAACGGGGAGUUAUAUGCGUAAUUUCGUGGCCCAGCGUGAGGGCAAUUGUGAUGGAGGUGAUGUAUUGCCAACAACUACCGAAGGGAUCGAGACUAACAGCGAAUUAGCGACAUCGGGGGAAACAAUGCCGAAUCGGAAAAGACUUCCAACGCAGCGUGAAAUAAAUUUGAAUGCUGUCCGGGCUACGUUUAUCCGCGCUUAUGGCAAAGGAGUCGGCUUGAAAUUCAGAGAGGGUUCAAGUAUGACUAUCGGAAAGUUAAUUGGUACCCUGUUUUAAGGCGGAUGGAACAAAACACGCGUAUAUACAUACAUACAUACUUACACUCAAAUACACAAACACAAGUUUACCAACCAAGAAUAACUCAUUUUGUCAUAUUGUUAUGUUAACUGUCUUCAAGACAAUUUAAUAUUUGUGGAGUGAUACAUACAUAUGCACAUAAAUUAUAGGAUAGAAGAUUGCUUCCUUGUGAUUAUUAGGCCAAUUCAGACAUCCAUGUGUAUCAGAUUUUGAGUAUUUUCUGAAAAACAUGUUUUUAAAUAUCCUCGUUUUUCGUUUGUUGGAAAAUGUGCAUAAUCAGAUGCAAGAGCAAGAAAAAUUUGUACUUUUUUAAUCAAUUAGGCGAUAUACAAAACGUUUAGUGGGAAGUACUAAAUCGUACUGGAAUCUUAGUUGAAAACUUUAGUUUGAAAAUAACCACCAUUCACAUUUCUUCAUUUUGAAAUUGUUUAAGGCUGAAAUAUUAUUAAACUGAAGAAACCUAAUAAAAA